CAUGACGCGCAGUGCACGGAACGGGGACCAGAUACGCUGGUCUCGAAUCAGAUAUCAACUGCUUAAUUUUGUACAGUUUUUUUCUUUGGUUUGUUGACGACGUCAAGAAUGUCUCAGCUGUUGCGCAAAUCAGUCGUGUAGAAUUAGCCUACCUGGGAAGUUCUAGUGCUGGCAUUAAUAAUCAAAGUGACGGGGCGGAGGGACAAUUUGUUUUGUAGACGGAUUAUGUAGUUUGUACGAUGGUACACACUACAUACAUUGGAGUCGAAUAAAGCUUUUCUUGCACGGCGCUAAGACCAAGGGGAGCUUCUAUCGUCAAAUCCAGCAGAGCACUCACGAGGGAGUCCUCCUCGUCUCCGCGCGGUGAUUGGGUGGAAGAUGGCGCUGGGCGAAUGGAAAUCCUAAUGACAGUUUCCAAAUUUGCCUCUUUUUGUACCAUGGGCGCCAAUGCCUCCGCUCUGGAGAAAGAGAUUGGCUCAGAGCAGUUUCCAGUCAAUGAGCACUACUUCGGAUUGGUCAAUUUUGGCAACACCUGUUACUGUAACUCGGUGCUCCAAGCCCUGUACUUCUGCCGUCCAUUCCGGGAGAAGAUCCUGGCGUACCGCAGCCAACCGCGGCGUAAGGAGAACCUGCUCUCCUGCCUGGCGGACCUGUUUCACAGCAUUGCCAACCAGAAGAGGAAGGUGGGGGUCAUCCCUCCGAAGAAGUUCAUUACACGACUACGCAAGGAGAACGAGCUGUUUGAUAACUACAUGCAGCAGGAUGCCCAUGAGUUCCUGAACUACCUGCUGAACACCAUCGCUGACCUGCUGCAGGAGGAGAGGAAGCAGGAUAAGCAGAACGGUCGCCUUGCCAACGGAACGCUGGACUCCCAGAACAACAACAGCAACGCCGCGCCCGCCCCAACCUGGGUCCACGAGAUCUUCCAAGGCACGCUGACCAAUGAGACGCGUUGCCUCACUUGCGAAACAAUUAGCAGCAAAGACGAGGACUUUUUGGACCUGUCAGUGGAUGUGGAACAGAACACCUCCAUCACACACUGCCUUAGAGGUUUCAGUAACACGGAGACCCUCUGCAGUGAGUAUAAGUACUACUGUGAAGAAUGUAGAAGCAAACAGGAGGCUCACAAAAGGAUGAGAGUGAAGAAGCUGCCUAUGAUCCUGGCCCUGCAUCUCAAGCGCUUCAAGUAUAUGGAGCAGCUGCAGCGCUACACCAAACUGUCCUAUCGUGUCGUCUUCCCGCUAGAGCUCCGCCUCUUCAACACCUCCGGAGACGCCACCAAUCCAGAGAGGCUGUACGACCUUGUCGCAGUCGUGGUGCACUGUGGGAGCGGUCCAAACCGAGGGCACUACAUCGCCAUUGUAAAGAGUCACGACUUUUGGCUGCUGUUUGACGAUGACAUCGUAGAGAAAAUCGAUGCUCAAGCCAUAGAGGAGUUCUACGGGCUGACCUCUGAGAUCUCCAAGAACUCAGAGUCUGGAUACAUCCUCUUCUACCAGUCCAGAGACUGAACCUGGAGGAGAGAGCCUCCGUUGGGCAGGCGGAGACGAAAAAAAUACAAAUAUAAAAAAAAGCUUUGUACCCCAGCGGGAGGUGGAUGGUCCACGUAGCCCUUAUGGUGUCAUACCUGCACAGGUGUUAUUCAGACCUGUCGUAAGAAAGAGACCCUGCAGCCCAGCCUCAGACCAAACCUGCACCCCUACACCACCCAACCCACCCAUCCACCCACCUGCCUGCCCCCGCCCCUAACCCCUCCCGCAUCCAUCCCCCUGGCCGGAGAGGGGGCUGCAGGAUGGGAAGAGGGGUGUCAAGGUUGAGUUGACAGCGUCAAGGUGUCGUCAGAGUUUAAAGACAUAUACAAAGAGGGUUGUACAGAGGCUGUGUGAAUGACGCUCUGGUUUUAGCAUGGGGGGAGGGGAGGGGGGCUGGGGGGGUAUUUAACGAUUCAUAUGUUGUACUAUUGACCAGGUGUCUGCACUCCCACACACUGUAACUCUGCAAUGCUACCUGGGGCUCAGACCAGUGGACUGUGGAUAGAGAGAGAGGGGGUAGAGAAGGGGAGCCUGUGUGUGGAGUAUAGAACAUUGCAGGUUGUGUAUUUCUACAGUGUACAGAAUGGUAUUUGUAUAAAUAUUGCAAGAAAAAGAUAUUAUCAUAGGAAAAUGUUGGAACCUGAUGAGAAGACGUAUUGACACUAUGGUGCACUUUUGAUACCGUUUUGUAGAUGUUGGCAAGUUUAAUGUGAGGGUUUGCUCGAAACAGCCUAUUGUGAAAUCCUUUUCUGUUUUAAAGAAAAAUAAAUAUAAACAGAUGCAUAUAA